GGCGGCCUUACUCGUACCCCGGCGACGCGGUGCCAAAGGAGAAGCAGCUCGGGCGGCGCGCGCAGUUCCGCGGCGGGGCGAAGAGGACGGUGGAGCCGGGCUGGCGCCCCCAGGCGGAGCAGCAGCCACCGGGCGACGCGCUGCCGCACCGGGUGGCCGGACAGCAGGUGUGGGUCUUCGACGAGGCGGGCGCCUCGAAAGGCGAGGUGUUGGCGUUCGAUCCGGCGUCCAACCCGAACGCCGGCGACGCGGUCUUCCGGGAGGCGCGCCUGCAGCGGUGGAAGGGUCGGCGCCCCGACGGCACGCGCAGGUGCCAGGACCCACUGGAGGCGGCCCGGAAGGGGUUCUCGUUCUACCAGAUGCUGCAGUGCGACGACGGGCAGUGGGCCGGGGACUACGGGGGCCCGCACUUCCUGCUGCCGGGCUUCGUGAUCAGCGCGUACAUCACAGGGAUGGACGGCGUGCUGCCGAGGCCGGCGCAGCGCGCCAUCGAGGUGUACCUGCGCAACCACCAGCAGGCCGACGGCGGCUGGGGCUCGCACCUGGAGUCGCCGAGCACGCUCUUCGGGAGCGUGCUGAACUACGUGGCGCUGCGCCUGGUGGGCGUCCCGCCCAGCGACCCCGCCUGCGUGGAGGGCCGCAGGUUCCUGCGCCAGCACGGCGGGGCGCUCUUCGCGCCCUCCUGGGCAAAGUUCUGGCUCUGCGUCCUCGGCGUCUACGACUACCGGGGCAUCGCGCCGGUGCCUCCGGAGAUGUGGCUGCUGCCGGCGUGGUUCCCGCUGCAUCCUGGCCGCUUCUGGUGCCACUGCCGCAUGGUGUACUUGCCCAUGUGCUUCUUGUACGGCCGGCGCUUUGUGUACCCGGCCGCGUCCGAGGACCCCGUCACGCUGUCGUUGAGGGAAGAGCUCUACGCAGUUGAUGAGCGGUACAGCGACAUAAGGUGGGGCAACUUCCUGCACACCAUCGCCGACGUGGACAACUACAGCCCCAUCCACUGGGCCAUGCGGCUGCUCCAGAACGCCCUCGCCGCGUAUGAGGCCAUCGGUGCCUGGGCCUGGCCGCGGCGAGCGAGCCUCCGGUUCGCCGAGGAGUACAUCGCAUCGGAGGACCUCGAGACCAACUACCUCACCAUCGGCCCAGUCAGCAAGGCGCUGCACGUCGUCUGCGCCUGGGUCAUGGCGGGCGGCGAGGCCGACGCGGCCUCGGCGCGCGAGAGCCGGGCGUUCCGCGCGCACGUGGAGCGCAUACCGGCGUACCUCUGGGUGGCCGAGGACGGCAUGAAGGCGCAGGGCUACAACGGCAGCAUGAUGUGGGACACGUCGUUCGCCGUGCAGGCGGUCGCGGAGGCAGGCCUGCAAGGGGAGUUCGCGGACAUGAGCAAGAGGGCGUUCGAGUUCAUCUGCAGGGAGCAAGUUCGCGCGCUGCCACGCGGAGACUGGCGGCACUGGCGGCAGCCGAUUCGGGGCGGCUGGGGCUUCAGCACCGCGGAGCAGGCCUGGCCAGUGUCCGACACGACCGCGGAAGCGUUCAAGGCCGUGCUCGCCCUCCGCAAGGACGGCUGCACCAAAGGCUCCAACGACAUGCCAGACCAGCACUACUUCGACACCGUCCAGUUCCUCCUGUCCUACCAGAACGCCGACGGGGGGUGGGCCACCUACGAGAACUGCCGCGGCUGGAAGUGGUACGAGGCUCUGAACCCCUCCGAGGUCUUCGGAGAGAUCAUGAUCGACUACUCCUACGUGGAGUGCAGCGCCUCCUCCAUGAGCGCGCUGGCCGAGUUCUCGAAGCAGUUCCCCGACCACCGGAGGCAGGAGAUCCAGAGGGCGAUCCGCCGUGGGCGCGACUUCAUCAAGGCCAUCCAGCGGGACGACGGAAGCUGGUACGGCUGCUGGGGCAACUGCUUCACCUACGGCUGCUGGUUCGGCGUGGAGGGUCUCCUGGCCGCGGGCGAGCCGCCGCGCUGCGAGCCCAUCCGCCGCUGCGUGCGCUUCCUGCUGCAGAGGCAGGAGCCAGACGGUGGCUGGGGAGAGGACUUCCUGAGCUGCUUCAACCGGGAGUACACCACGUGCGACAGGCUCUACGGCUGCGACUCGGGCAGCAGCGUCGUCUGCACCGCCUGGGCCCUGCUGGCCCUCAUGGCCGGCGAGUGCGACGACACCGACGCGGUGCGGCGGGGCGUGGACUUCCUGAUGCGCCGGCAGCUGCCCACCGGCGACUGGGCGCAGGAGAACAUCGCGGGAGCCAACGGCAUCUGGAGCUACUGGGUCUGCUCCAGCGGCCAGUGCAGGGAGUGGAACUGGUGCUCGCACUGGAAGUGCCGCAGCUGCGGCCGAGUGGCCCCGCCGUGGGUCAAGGCUGCCCAGCCGCCCGCGGCUGCCGCUGGCCAGGAGCAGCCCGUCGCCGACGCCGAGGGCUUCGUCGUCCAACCCCGUGGGAGGAAAGCGAGGCGCCAGGCCAAGCGCACGGCUGCCCGCGCGGCCAGCGCGGGGGCCGCCAGUCUGGCAGGCGUCAGCGAGGCCAGCAGCGCGCAGCCGUCGGCCGUCGAGCGGCACCGCCAGGAGGUCAAGCGCAUCGAGGACUUCCUCGCGGCCCCUGGCGAGUCCAUCGACGAGAUGUGCCUGCAGUCGCUGCGCUCGGCCCUCGACCGCGAGCGUCGCAGGCUCUCGGCAGCAGAGGCGGCGAUGGCGGAGCGCAGGAAGGCCGACACCCCCCUGCCCAAGGCGCUCCACGGCGCUGGCAAUGCCCUGGGGAAGCUGGUCAGGCAGGGGCGGGCCAAGGAGCAGGCGCUGCUCAAGGCUGAGGAGGCCCACGCGGCAGCCAUCGGAGAGCGUGAGGCAGCCAUCGCGCGUGAGGCAGCAUGCGCUGAGGCUGUCGAGGAGUGCCGAGCUGCUCUCGAGGCUCACCGUGAGGAGCAGAGGGCCGCCGAGGCCAGGCAAGCCAAGGAGGUCGGCGCGGCCUUCGUCGGCACGGACCUGCUCGGGAUGGUCUUCGGCCUCAUCCAGCAGGUCGAAGCCUUGCCCCAGGGUUUCGCCGCGGGCAACGGGGAGGCCGCCUUCGCGGAGGUCGCCAAGCAGAUCGCGGCGGUCCGCAGGACGCAGCCGAGCGCGGCCAAGCUGCACGGCGAGGCCGCUGACGAGCGGGUGGCCGAGACCCUCGGCGGGCAUAGCCAAGCUAAGGUGUCUAGUGACCAGAGGGGGAGGAUGACGGCGCAGGAGGCCUGCAUUGGCAAGGUCUGCCUCGGGCAGCAGCCCGCCCCUGAGUCGGGCCCUCGAGGGCCUGGCCCCCUGCGUGCUGGCCUGGAGGUCCUGGGCUGCAGCGGUAACGUCUGGAACAGGAGCGUCGAGGUCCUCGAGGCCUUCUUCCACGCCCACCAGUACUGGCCGCAGCUGGUCCUCCUUCGGGAGACGAGGCUAACCCAGGAGCGCCUUCCUGGGGCCAGGGCGCUGGCACGCCGCCUCGGCUACACCGCCUUCUUCCAUGAGGCUGUGGCCACGGGCCUGUCUGGCCCGAACGCCACGUCGGGCGGCGUCGCGAUCCUGGUGAGGGCUGGUCUCCAGGCAGAGGAGUCCGCAUGCCAGAUCCCCGCGGCCCUGCGCCACCGCCUCAUCGGAGCAGAGGCGACGGCGCCAUCGGGCCUCCGCCUCCUGGCCUUGGCGGGGCACUUCCAGCGCUGCUUGGGCCCGCGGGGGAUCAACCUCGGCCUUUUCUCCUCGGUUGCGGACCUAGUGGCUUUCUCGCUCGUCUUGCCCUGGGUCCUCCAGGCUGAUUUCAACGUGGAGCCCGAGCCCCUGCAGGAGCUGGGCUGGCCUGCAGCAGUUCGCGGUCAAGUGCUCGGACCCUCCGAGGCGACCUGCUGCGCCCAGGGCUGGGAGCACGUUUACGACUGGUUCGUCGCGUCGUCCGGCCUGGCCACGCGUUUCUCCAGGUGCUGGCAGCCGCGGCCCCCGCAUACGGCCUGGAGGUCGGACGCGAUGGCAGUCAUGUGGGUGAAAUGGCCUGCCGACGGGCCGCUAGACGGUCGCCUCUACCUCGACGGCUCUGCGCUCGGCCCUGAGUUCGUAUGCGUCCGCAGGGCAGGCUGGAGUAUCGUGCAGUGCGACGAGUUCGGCAACCUGCAGGCGGCGGUGCACGGCGUGGUCCGCCCCGACCUGUGCCUUUUCCAGACGGCGAAGGACGGCGAGGACUUCGCGGUGAGGAUGCUGAGCCGCUACCUCGGGCCUUCGAUCACCGAGAUCAGCAUUGACUGUGCGUCCACAGUCAGCUGCUUGAAGCUCGGCAGGAGGUAUGCGACGGCGGCCUACAAGCCCAAUGCUCACCUGUGGUCGGCCGUCUACGCCUCGCUAGACGUCGACUCGCUCAUCGUGAACAGGGUUGAGGCCCACUGCGCCGAGAUCGAUGUUCGGGAGGGCAGGAUCUCGGAGGGUCAGUGGCUUGGGAACGCCCACGCCGACAGGCUGGCGAAGGCGGGAGCGGCCCUCCACAGGGUCAGCGCGACAGCCAGGCGCGGGUUCUUCGGCGCGAUGGAGGUCGUGAGAGAGCUCUCCAGGUGGAUCGCGCAGGUCUCAAUCGUCUGGCAGGGCAGGGCCCCCAAGGGCUGCGAGGGCCUCUCCGUGUGCGACGAGCGAAGGAUGGCUGUCACCUUCGCGGUCCCGCUGGAGGAGCGUGCUGACGGACUGCGGGCGGCUCCCGCGAGCGAUUCGGACGCCUCGCCCGCCGCCGUGGCGGCCCGCGGGGAGCAGGCAGGCAGCCGCCCCGCCGCUGCUGGUGCCUGGGUUUCGGCGGCACGCGACGGCGGUGUGGCGUUGGGCGCCCUGGUCUUCGCCGUCGCUGCCCACGCCCUCGCGUACGCCAGGUGCGGGGAGGACGGCGACGUGCAGGAGAUCAUUGCGUGCACCAGGUGCGGGGCGUAUGCGAGGCUAGGCGGACGCCCAGGCCCGCAGCCCAAGCUCAGGGAGCGCUGUCCUGGGGCAACAGGCCUCCCCAGGUCGCUGCGUGACCAGAAGUCGCGGUGGGAGCGCGGCCUCCACCCUGGAGGCACGCCGCACGCCCGCGACACGCGGAGGAAGGGGGCGGAGGCCCCCCGUCUUCGCAAGGAGGCGGAGGUGCCGCAGGACGCCAGGGUGCGCGUCCUGAAGUGGCUCGGUGUUCAGCCUGAUGCACCAGCAGGCGUCGCGAGCAGCGCCUUGGGGGCCGACGCUGCUGGGAGCGGCGCUGGCGGUGCGGCCUCCUCUUCGGCGGAGGUGCCCGCUGCGGCUGGAGGCACCGCAGCGGGCGCGGGUUCGAGGAAGGCCUGGCUGGAUGCUUGCGGACUCGACGAGGAGAGCCUGCUGAGCUGGGCAGAGGAGGCCGAGGAGGCCCGACUCGAGCGCCAGAGCAG